GUUUUAACCUGCUCUGCAGCUGUAGUUUAAUGCAUCAAAACAUCUGAAGAACGCAGUUGCAUAGUCUUCCAGUAAGGUCUUAGAUUCAGUUUCAAACAUACGGAAAAUGCGUAAAGAGCCGCUUAUGCUGGACGCAAACUGCUCUGCCCAGCGGGCGCCGUCGCGUUUGCUGCGUUCCUCUGUGAGGAUAAGGCGCAUCGAUGCACUCGUCCCCGACCUCGUUCCCUAAAUGUGACAAUUAUAACAUCAUUUUCUCCAACGACCCGUUAUCUGAUCUGACUUUCUUUUUUUCCGCGUGAGAAUGUGGAUUGUGUUCAUCUUUAACCUGCCAGCACUCUAACUCCCCGCGUUGCGUUGGCGCUGCGGAUCUAGCCUACAGGAACAAGAGCCAGCUCACAGCCGUGGAAACAAGCGAAUCAAUUUAGGAAAGAGAAAAGGAGAGACAGAUAGCGUGGUUGGGGGAAAAGGAGAUCGGAGAGGGGACGAGGGGAGACAGAACAGAGACAUUACGCAGCAGCCACCGAAACAUUAAGUGAGAAGCAACAGAUUCUACAGUGACAACUUCCACAAGCAAAUCCUUCGCUAAAUUUGAUUCUUGUGACAUAAUUAUCAUGGGAACAAAAGUUCACGGCUUCCUCAAAUGAGAUAUUAAAAAGAAAUCAAUGUGUCUGACUGUCAAAAAAAAAGUAUGAGCAAAGUAAAAUAGCAAGCUUUUAUUAAUAAAUAUAUAAACAUAAUAUCUAAUUUUUCCUCUGAUUUUUUUUUCAAAAGUAACUCCUCCACAGAGAAAAACAUCUAAAAGCAUUAAUUAUGAAUUUCAAGAUAAGCACUUAAAUUCCCCUGUUUGGAGGUGACAUAUCAACAUCAUAGCAAUAGGGGUGGGUCAUGACUCAGUUGCCAUGCGUGUUGUCAUGGUGACCAGCCCCUGCACCCCUUUCCCCCUCCUCUGGUUGGUCCAGCUUUUGUUGUGGUUUCACAACCAUGGACCUCAGCUGACAGAGGCAGCACCUCCUUGCCCAAACCCUUGUACCUGUUCCAACCAGGCAAGCCGUGUCAUCUGUACAAGGAAGAGUUUGGAUCAAAUCCCUGACAAUAUUUCAGAAAACACAAGAUACCUCAAUCUACAAGAGAACUCAAUUCAGGUCAUCAAGUCUGACACGUUUAAACAUCUGCGACAUUUGGAAAUUCUCCAGUUGUCCAAGAACCACAUUCGGCAAAUUGAGGUGGGAGCCUUCAAUGGUCUUCCCAAUCUCAAUACAUUGGAGCUUUUUGAUAACCGUCUCACAGUGGUACCGUCUCAAGCCUUUGAGUACCUCAGCAAGCUAAGAGAACUAUGGCUUCGAAACAACCCCAUAGAGACGCUGCCGGCCUUUGCCUUUCACCGUGUUCCCUCUUUACGACGUCUUGAUCUAGGGGAACUCCGGAAGCUGGAUUUUAUCUCAGAGGCUGCCUUUGAAGGUCUGGUAAAUUUGCGCUUUUUGAAUCUUGGCAUGUGUGGUUUGAAGGACAUCCCUAAUCUCACCCCACUGGUGAGACUAGAAGAGUUAGAGCUGUCAGGGAACCAGCUAGGGAUAGUCCGGCCUGGAUCUUUCCAGGGUCUAGUGUCACUUCGGAAGCUAUGGCUUAUGCACUCCAGAGUGUCAGUCAUUGAACGCAACGCUUUUGAUGACCUCAAGAACUUGGAGGAGCUUAACCUCUCACACAAUUCCCUGCAUUCCCUGCCUCAUGAUCUCUUCACCCCUUUGCACCAACUAGAGAGGGUCCAUCUCAACCAUAACCCUUGGGUUUGCAACUGUGAUGUCUUGUGGCUUAGCUGGUGGCUGAAAGAAACCGUUCCCAGCAACACCACAUGUUGUGCUCGUUGCCAUGCCCCCCCAGGUCUGAAGGGAAAGUACAUUGGGGAACUAGAUCAGACCCACUUUACCUGCUAUGCCCCAGUGAUUGUGGAGCCACCCACUGACCUCAAUGUCACCGAAGGCAUGGCUGCUGAGCUGAAAUGUCGUACUGGAACUUCAAUGACCUCUGUGAACUGGUUCACCCCAAAUGGCACUCUGAUGACACAUGGAUCAUACCGAGUUAGGAUCUCAGUGCUUCAUGACGGAACACUGAAUUUCACAAAUGUGACUGUGCAGGACACUGGGCAGUAUACCUGCAUGGUAACCAACUCUGCUGGAAAUACCACUGCAACUGCUGUGCUCAAUGUCUCUGCUUCUGAUCCCAGCAACAGCUACAGCUACUUCACCACUGUCACUGUAGAAACAGUAGAAACAGUUAGAGGAGAGGAGGAGAAUUCGGCAAGACAGUUUAUAAAUGAGACCUUCAUAGAUUUCCCUAAUCCUACCGUUCAGAGAGGGUUAGAUGGACGGCCUGGCAUAACUAUAUCACCUUCUCUCUCAUCUCUUUCCUCACUGUCACCAAGAGCUAACAGAGCAACUGAAAACACAGCGACUGUGUCAAUAAUGGAUGUAACUAACAUUCCAGGCCUCGAUGAUGUAAUGAAAACGACAAAGAUCAUCAUUGGCUGCUUUGUUGCGAUUACUUUUAUGGCAGCUGUAAUGUUGGUGGUCUUCUAUAAACUCCGUAAGCAACAUCAGUUACACAAGCAUCAUGGCCCAGCCAGAGCCAUUGAAAUUGUCAACGUAGAGGAUGAGAUUGGAGCUGGGGCUGGAAGUGGCAUCUCAGGUGGUUCAACAAUGAAUUCUGGCGCUGGUGGAGAAGGAACCUUAAGGAUACAUCAUCCAGAAAUAGUCAACCUUCCCAACAUUGGCCGCACGGACACCCUCAAUCAUUACUACAAAACACAUCAUUUCAAUAACAAUGUGAUGGGUCUUAGUGUUGGCGAGGGGAUGGGACCAGGAGGGAUGCUCAACAGCAAGAACCAGCAUGGCCAGGAUAUUCCAAUCUCUUGUACUUCAGUUCCUAUCUCUACAUCUAAUUUGCUUACCACAUCAGGCAAUGGCACCAACAUCAACUCCAGCUCUAUGUCCCCUCCACUGCCGAUGUCUCUCCCCAUGCCUACCAUGGGCUUACAUGGAUCGAUCAAGGGUUUCAUGGGACAAAACCAGAAUCCCCAAAUGGAGCCUCUUCUCUUCAAGGGGAACUCGAAGGAAAAUGUCCAAGAGACUCAGAUCUAAAAACAAAAGUGAGAGUAUAGAGGGAGAGUGCGCAAGAGUCAAAGACAGAGAGGGAAUUGAUGUCGGGUUUACGUGUGGAAUGAUAAGACAUUAGAGUGCAUUGACAUUACACCAGGAGAGAGGAUAGACUGACACGGCAAUACACAAACACAUAGACUUAUCUGUGACGGUGUAUUGAGCCAAGGAUUACAACAAUGGCCCACUUGUGUUUGUAGUAAUGACCAUGGCCAUGGAGAUCGAGGAGUGGACAUUGCUACAAUGUAAAUCUGUGCCAAAGCAAAUGUUUUUUGCAGUUUCUACAAGCUGUGUUCUCAUAGGAAAAAAAUAGUCUUUCAGAGUAAAUAAGUCCCCUAAUCAUUGUUUGCCAGCAGAGUUGAAAGAUACGCAAAGCACUUACCACACUGAAGAGCCGAGAUAUUGCAGAACAAAAUCCAAGAGACAUUUUUCUUCAACAACAACAAAAAAACAAACAAAAGAAAAAACAAAUAAAAACAUGAGACACAUGCUCUCUCAACUGACUCAAUAGACUCCCUCAAGGUGAAAAUUAUGUAGGCAUAAGUAGAUGGACAAAAAGGUACAGUGCAGUACAAACUACUGUGAAAAAUCCACAAAUUAUAUAAAUAUAUUUUCAUCUAAAUAUGUUUCAUUGCAGACUAUGAUGCAGACAUAUUUUGGGACGGAUGUAUAAGCUGGUAUCGUUUGUUUCUUUGUGAAUAAUCAGGGGCAGUGAUAGUGGAGGUUUGUUAUGAUUUAAGUUUGGCUACUUCUCAGAAACAUAAGGGCUCAAUUGCAACACUCAUUGUGAAUCUUCAAUUGGCUUUGUGACAUAAAGCCCAUUUAGGUUGUAGAACAGUAAAUGCAGAUCUCUGUUUGACAAACUUUUGUCUGUUGUUUUAGUAAUAAUCAUUACAAACUUUUGUGUUUUGAGAGUGUAUUAUGUAUUUUGCAAAGGCCAGCUACUUGGUAUUUGAAUUGACAAUUCUAAUACUUAAAUGCCAGCAUCAAGUAAUGGUAAAACAAUGUUUCAUAGACACAAAAAAGUAAUUUAAUGCCAAGCCCUGUAUGGGUAAAAAAAAAAAAGUGUUGAAAAUGUGUUAUUUGAAUCCGAUCAGUAGCCAGAUAUUUGCUUUUAGACUGGAAUUUGAUAUGACCUCCUUGCUCAUGGUUACCAUAGUCAUGCCAUAAAAUGCUGUCAUAAGGAUGAUUAGACAUCUGCAGCAGCAUUAAAGAAGGGAUUAAACAUCCAUCUUUGGAUGAUUGGAAUGAAUGAAAAUGUACAGUAUAUUAAUGAUAAUAAUGUCUGGUUGUAUGACAAUUGUAAGAUCCACAUUUUUACAGUGUAACUUUCAUAUGUUAAAUGCCAUUUACGCUUCUUGCGUUUCAACUAUGUAUUACUUUAUUUUUGUUAGUUUGAUAUAAUGUGUACAGUUGUCUAGCCAUGUAUCAUUACGUGUGAAAUAAAUCAAUCAUAUAUUGGGUUGUGGCGGGUCAAUAUGGCAACCACACAAGUAAAGAGUGAGACAUUAUGCAGUCCUCUGUGCUAAACCUGGAGUGAAUGUAUGGUUUGUGGUUAAGCCAUUAGUCAUCCUAGUAAUGAUAGAGACCAUCUGUUUUGUUAAGGUGCUCAGACAGGCUUUUAGUCACUCUCCUAUAGAUGGACUGCAGACACCACUGGAUCUGGAAAAUAAGUGUUUUCAUGAUCUUAGUCUUAAUGAGGGCACUUUAGUUUUGAAUUAGCCAGUAUGCUUGUCCCAUGGUAAUCAUUUUACAUCUGUGUGGAAAUGCUUUGGAAUGGGAAAGGAUAAGCAAGAUGCUGAAUAAAAUACAAGGUUACAUUUAUCAAAUAGUAAUCUAAUCUAAAAUGUUUGUUGCAAUUGAGCUCAGAUGGGACAUGUGACCACUCAGAGCUCUGAAUGAUUUUGUAAGUUUUGUUAUUUUCCAGCUCACCCACAGACCAAGUGUUUUUAGCUGAGAAUGUACUUCAAAAUGAUCCAUAUGAUGGAUUUUAUGUGCAUUAUGAAGGUCUUUGUUUUGACAAAUGAGCCCAUACUAACUGGAAGAGGACAUAAGGAGGACUAGUAAUAAUGAUGAUGAUAUGGGAGAUGAUUUAAGGUGAAAGCAAGAAUUUUCUGCCAUAGAGGUUAUGAAUUGAACAUUUUCUUUACACAUAACUUUGAUCCUGUGUAGUGCCUAAUAUCUACAACAUCUUUAAAAAUAUGUCCGGUUAUAAAUGUAUUAAACAGCAGAGGUUGUUAAAAUUGCAGCAGUGAAAUUUUGGCAGUUAAAUUUAAAAUCAACCGGAUAUAAUUAUGUGACCCUACCAACAGAUCUAGUGGACAGGGUUCAACUGUUGCCCCAUAGAGACACAAAUAGAAUAUAAAUGAGGGCUAAAGAUGCAACAUAUGGCGGCUCCCUUGAUGUGCUACAUUUGGAGGUUCUGCUGUCAGAUUUCAAAGAGCAUAUUAGAUAUCUCUUUCUCAUUUGUGUGAGCCUGUGUAUGAGGGUGCAUUCUUGCCUGUCAUACAUGGAACAAAUAGUUUUACCAGGACAUUACAUGUAAGUGUUUUGUUAUGGUGAGUCACCUUAUCAGCAAAAAACUGUUCCUUUCAUACCUCUAAUGAUCUGCAACGAUCAAUUAUCAUUAUUAUUAGUGUGGCGAAAAUGCUGAAGGGCUUUGUUGCAUCUAAGUAUACUGGCUGCUGUUGUACAUAUAUUUGAUGCUACUGUGUAGGAAGCUCGUCAUAGAAAUUUUAAGUAACAUGCUGACCACUUUUAAUGAGGAUGUUUGACUGGAACCUGAAUAUGUAUAUACUGGGAAACUGCGAUGUGCAGUUUGGCUACAGAUGGAGUACUGACAUAUGUGUACCCUUUGCAUCAUCCGUCGCUUACAAUGGAUGCUUCAGCCCAGAUGACAUUUAUGGGUUUGUUGGAAGAAAAACUCCAUAAUGAAAUGGAUUAUGGUAUCUGAGACACCAAAUUGCAAGACAAGAAAAUGGACUGACCUUUUGGUCCUGUAAAGGUAAGCUAUUCUGUUUGAUAAAACAAUAUAAAAACAACCUGGUCUGCUUUGAACGAUUUUUAAAAGGAGAGAGAACAGUGUUAAGGUCUAGAAAAACCUUCAUUGACAAACAAAAAAAGAAAACACAAAAAAAUGUCAUUUUGUGCUUUUUUUCUUAUUUCCAGUUGUUGGUUGUAUCUUAGUAACUGGUAUUAUCAACUUAUGUCUUUAUGGAUUGUCAUUAAAUUUUAUUUUUCCACCACACAUUCAUCCAGGUACAUGUGUGGCAGAGGAGUGCAUUGCUUCAGCUCAAACAAAAUCAAGAUGUGUUGUUCUUGCACUUCAAUGACUGUCAUACAGUGACUGAAAGGUUUCUUAUUUUACUGUUUGCCACUUGUGUGACUUAAAUUUUCAAUUUUAUUCUGCUACUAGAAUCAUCUGCCACUUUCAUUCUUUGUUGUAAUUUCACCUCACAAAAAAAUACUACUAACUAAAUAAGAAAUGAGCUAAUAAGUUCAAAAUGACAAGUGACAUUUCAAAUAAGUUAUUGCGUGAAAUUUUAUAAUACAAAAUGAAAAGAGUCUGAACUAUAA